AUGGACGUUGGUAUGUUGAACUAUUGCAAGGAGUCUCAAAAGACAUUGUCUAAUUGUCGAAUAGAACUGAACGCUCAACCCGAAUACAAUUACUACACGAGCCUGGUGCGAAACUUGAAGACUGCUAUCGUACCGACCUUCACUUUAGAAUCGGGUCAACAGCUCCACCGAGUACCUGUGGCCUACAGCGCCUGGGGCACCUUGAAUGAGGAGGCAGACAAUGUUCUCUUGAUCUGCCACGCGCUCACCGGCAGCAGUGACGUGGAGGAUUGGUGGAAACCUUUGAUCGGCCGAGGGAAGGCUGUCGAUACGAGCCGGUUCUUUGUCAUAUGCUUCAACUCUCUCGGGUCGCCGUACGGCUCCGCAUCACCACUCACGACAAACCCAGUGACAGGGACGCUGUAUGGACCGACAUUCCCAGAGACAACUUUCAGAGACGAUGUGAGAAUACAGAAGAUUGUUCUUGACGCGAUGGGAGUCAGACAGAUUGCAUCGGUUAUCGGUGGAUCGAUGGGUGGCAUGAUUGCCCUGGAGUGGCCUUUGUGUACUCCUCCAGGCUACGUGAAGACUGUUAUCCCUAUAUCGACCUCAGCCUAUCAGACUGCGUGGGGUAUUUCGUGGAAUACAUCACAAAUACGAUGCAUUCAAGCCGAUGCACAAUUUCGUGGAGGGUACUAUAUUCCUCAUCCGCAAAGUCAGCCAGUACAGGGCUUGGGGGCGGCAAGAAUGAUCGGGAUGCUCACCUACCGAUCAUACACUUCUUUCGAAGCACGAUUUGGUCGACGCAAGGCUGGACAGAAACGGCCGCCACAGACUUUCUCCAGGCCGAUGACCUCGAUGCCCUCUCCACCACUGCCAGCGGCUCAAGACGACAUCCCUGAGACGGCAGCCUCGAAGACAGAGGCGCACAGUUUCGGCCCGACCACAAUAUAUUCAGCACAAAGCUACAUGCAGUACCAAGCCGACAAGUUCCUGAAGCGCUUCGACGCCAAUUGCUACAUCCACCUUUUGCGAAAGAUGGACUCCCACGAUGUCACAAGAGAGCGGACCCCAGCAAUGCAAUUGCCGUUCGAGGAGCACCCCAGCCUGAAAAGCGUUGCCGCCGUCCUGGCCUCGUGCACAGCACCUGCGCUGGUGGUAAGCAUAGAUUCGGACUUAUUGUUCCCAGCCGAUCAGCAGACACUCCUGGCAAAUUCCCUGCCUCAAGCAAAACUCAUGAAGCUGGAUUCAUCCGACGGGCAUGACGGCUUCCUGCUGGAAAUGUCGACCAUGGAAGAAUCCAUCAGUGCAUUCCUUCGGGACCACUGUGCCAGUAUCUUCGAAGCGCCUGCUCUCGACGGCGGCGUCGAUGGGGACAAGGACGACGUUGUGACGAAUAGUGUGUUUGGCGAGUUGGAGGUUCAUUUUUGA